AUGGAGGAAGACAGUCAGAAUGUUUCUGACAUUACUCCUCUCACAGUUUGGAACUCUGAGGUGAUGAUGUCAGUGACAGGUGAACCACCUAGUAGUCUAGGAACAGAUGAAGAAACAGCCCAAGAAACAGAAAUGAAGAUCAUCCCAGAAUAUGUGGAGCUACCACUCUCCCUGCUAGAUGUGCUGAGAAUCUCCGUGGUUCUGGAGGAUGCCAGAGAUCAGCUCUCUAUUCUAAACUAUAUCAUGCCAGUUCAAUAUGAAAGAAGUCAGAGCACCAAUGUGAAAGGCAGAGAAGCGAAUUUAGAAGGAAAAAGUCUAGAAAAAUUUCAAGUGGCCUCAACAACCUCAAAAAUAUCCAAUCCAGACUUCCCUGUGGAAGAACCUAAGCUGCCAGAAACCAGAGAAGGCCAUUUUGUAGUGAACUCUAGCAAAAUGCCGGACCUUGUCUUUAAAAAACCUACAAGGCAAACCAUAAUGACUACGGAGACACUGAAGAAAAUUCAGAUGGAUAGGCAAUUUUUCAGUGAUGUCAUUACAAAUACCAUGCAGGAGUUGGAAGAUUCAGGCACUUUCACUAUUCUCCUGCAAACUUUGAGCAAAGAGAGAGAAAACAAAAUGCAUUUCUACGACAUCAUUGCUAGCGAGGAGAAAGGAAGAAAAAAGAUAAAAUCUCUUCAAAAAGAACUACUUAAUGCCAAAAAAGAACGGCAGGUUGAAAUACAGAGUCAGAAUGAAUACAUUGCUCACCUCAAGGACCAGCUGCAAGAAGUGAAGGCCAAAACCAACAUGGAGAGUUGUUAUAUGAAGAAAAACACAGAGCUGUGCAUCUCCCAAACCCAUAAAAAAUGUAACAAAGCUGAGGAACUUCUGCUGGAUGAGAUUGAGAAGCUAAGGAUGAAAACUGAAGAAGAGAACCGGACGCAUACGGAGAUUGAAACCUUCCUUAAAAAGGAGCAGCAAAAACUUGAGGAGAAGCUAGAGUUCUGGAUGGAGAAAUUUGAUAAGGACACAGAAAUGAAACAGAAUGAACUAAAUGCUCUCAAAGCUGCAAAGGCCAGUGACUUAACACACCUUCAAGACCUUGCAAAGCUGCUAAGGGAGUACGAACAGGUCAUCAUUGAGGAUCGGAUGGAAAAGGAGAAGUCGAGGAAGAAGAUAGAACAGGAAGACUUGGAAUUAAGGAGCGUCUUAAAGCUCCAAGCCUGGUGGCGUGGCACUGUGAUACGGAAUGAGAUUGGGUCUUUCAAGAUGCCGAAGAAGGAUAACAGUGAUAGCAAGGAUUCCAAGGGUAAAGGUAAAGGCAAAGGCAAAGACAAGGAGAAACGGAGAGGCAAGAAGUGA